AGCCUUUAGCCCAAAGGAACAGAGCUGUUCUUUCUUGAAGGACGUCAUGACUGUAGUACUGCUGGACGGCUUCUCAAGUAUUCAAAAUGUAUAGUACCGUGGGAAGGCCUUAUGUAAUAUAAUAAAAGACAGUUAAAUGAGGCUAUAGCAUCAGUUUGAACAUCAGGUUUUUUUUUCUCUGAAUUUUCUAUGCAAGUACAUGGAUCGAACUCUGAUUUCCCGACACGACGACGUUACCCAGUAAAGAUGGCAUCCAAGUCACAUGGAGCAGAGGGCUGUGAAGACAAAGACACGCGGGAAAUAUACAACCACUUGAGGUAUCAGAUGACAGAACUGCUUUCAGGGAAGCUGAGCAACGACAGUGUGACGGGGUACAGAGAGACCGUAGAAAUCCGGAGUAGAUGCUCUUACUAUAUCAACAUCGUCCUUCAAGACCAGCACAGCGGACAGCAUGGCAAUCUUUCUGAAUUCACCCUUCACAGCAUGGUUGAUCCCAGUAAGUUUCUGUUGAUGAAAGAAAAAGCCAACUGCCAGAUCAGGAUCCAGCUUCGCUUGCUGGAAAUGCUCUGUGAAGAGAUCAGGAGAGGAAAGGAGAUUCUGGAGCAAAUAAUGAACACGUAUGAGCCCAUGACAGUUGUGCGAGAAAGUGCUUCCAUCCAGCAGAAGCUGGACCAGGUUAACCGGGCCCUUCUGGACAUGGAGUCCGUGCUUCCCCUGGGUCACUUAUACGUGCAGCACAAACUCAUAUCAGUGACAAGUGCCGAACAUGUGCCUGAUGUCCGGAUGGUUUUCAGCAUCAAGAUGCCCGUCUUCUUCGAAAGGGACGCGUGCACAGCCCAGGCCACGUCGGUCCAGCUGUGCUGGCACGUGCCAGAGCAGGAGGGGGACAGCGCUGGCGAGCAGUUCGAGGUGCGCUACACGCUCCUGAACCCGAACACCGCGGAGGAACAGCAGCACACUGGGGUCAUCACAGCUUCCACUUUCAGCAUACAGAUCUGCGACCUGCUCCCGGAAAGGAGCUACCAGUUUUCCCUCAAGAGAGCCCAAGCCUCCGAUUUAGUCUAUGAUUUGUGGAACGACACGCUUAUGCUCACAACCGUGUCUCAAUCUGCAGGGUCUGCUGGGAGCAAAACUUAAAGGAUCAGGGUGGAAGACUGGAAAUGAAUAAUCUGUCAUAUUUCAAAAGACAAAGAUGAAAAGAUAAAGAAGCACUAUUCAGUAUCAUACCUACUUGCAUCGUUUCUUCCAAAAACAAACAUAUUCCUUGUGAAAAAAAAUCAUUUUUUUUUUCUCUGAUAUUAUCAAAUACAUGCAGAGCAUAUGUAAGUUGCAUGUUAUUUAUUUAGUAGAUGCUUUUGUCCUAAGUGAUGUAUAAUUGAGAAUUACACUGAGUAGAGUUAUUGGGGCUGACAGCAUCGCUCAAGGGAUCAAUGAUGAAGUCAGUCAGUCAAACCAGGACCUUCCGAUCACAGACAGUGUUUUAACCCACUGAACCAGGCACCACUGCCUCAGACGCUAAAAGAAAUUAUAAAACUGAGAAUGGAGUGACCAUUAUGGCCUUCCUGUGGUGUUAGGGUUGGCACCAACCCGCUUGUAAGCUUAAAAUCCAUAAAAGCACCACAUAAAUGUAUGUACUGAAUCAGGGCUUUUUGACUUUAUCAGGAACCUCUAUUUAAACAAAGAAAAAAAAUCAUUAACUUAUAAAUGCUCUGGUCAACAUUAUAACAGCUCUGGUAUUGGGGUCGGCACGACCCCCUUUUUUAGUUUAAAACGCAUAAAAGCACCACAUAAAUUUGAGUGCUGCAUCAGGAAAAUCUAUAAAAAAAAAAUUUUAUACAUAAAUAAAACAAUUCACUAGCUACGGCAUGCACAGGCAUGUAAGACAAGAUAAGACCAAUUCAUUUCAUUUAUUUAAUUCACUUGAGGCUUAUUUUACCAUUAUUUUUUAUUGAAAAAUGAGAGGUAUGCUAUCAGAUUAAGGUCCAGAAAGCCUCACGAAAAAUAUUAAAACCAAUCUUUUCAUGGAUUAGGAAGCCUAACAAGGUAACCAAGAGGUAAGAAACAAAUUGGAUGAUAAAUAAUUGUUUUGAGGGUAUUUUGUGCCUGAUUUAAGAUUUAUGAUUUAAUCUAACAUAAGAUUUAAGAGAAGUCUAACAUAAGAGACGCGUACAGAAAGCUAACACAGGAUGAAGGGUAAGCAGUGAGCACAGACGGUGGUUUGGACUGAAAAACUAGAUACUGCUGCAGUGAAACCAGCACAUGCAAGCAGUGAAACCAGCACAUGCAAGCAGUGAAACCAGCACAAGUGAAACCAACCAAGCUCAAACACAAUUCUCAAAUUCUAUUGGUUCACCUUGGCAACAAGGUAAAAUCCACCCAUUCUGCUCAGUUUACCAGAACAUGUCUCGACUGCUAGGCUCCUACUGGAGAUAUGAAUAUAGAUAUUGAUUACAUGACAUUGACUCACUGUAAAUACUUGGUUGUCCUUUGAUUAAUGAUUAACGUAUUGACAUAUUGUCAUUGAAUCACUGCAAAUACAUGGUUAACAUAUGA